AUGACUAAGAAAGCUGCUACUCCGAUGAGAAAUACAGGCUCUUAUGCUGAGAAUCGUUCAAAAAGAAUUAACGAUCCUAGGCGUUCUAAGGAGGGCAAAAAAAUUGCUAAAGCCAAACGUAAUGUGGAUGAGGAUGAUGAUGAAGAGGUAUCUAAAUUUUUGGUUACCAAGCACCCUGCUGUGGCACCAUCUAUGUGUAGAUACACGAAUGUUAAUGUAAUGCAAGAUAUUAGAGGCAAACUAACAGAUCCACAGAUGGAUAUGUUUAGGAAUUCUUGUUUUGGUAAAUAUCUUAGAAUGCAGCAAUUGGAUGUACAAGCACAGAUUUUUCGGUGCUUUAUGGUCAAAGAACUUAAGGGCAGUACAUAUAGGUGCUUUACAUUUGAAAUAAAUGUUAAAAGACACGAGCUUAUUGAGUGUUUCAACAAGACUGUCUGGGAUGAUAAAGGGGAUGACGCAGUCAAGAUGGCAAUAUUGUAUUUCAUAAAUACGUGGGUACAUUGUGGUGAGCCGAACUCAACAAACAUACCAAGGAUCCAUUUUGAUGUUGUAGAGGACGGGAGAUAUAAUGAGUAUCCUUGGGGUAAAGAUUCGUUUAGAGAGUUGGUUGUAAGCAUCGGGCAGAAAUAUGCUGGUUUUAAGAAAUAUUAUAGGAUUCAUGGUUUGCCGCUUGCUAUGCAAGUAUGGUUGUAUGAAUGUUGCUCAAAAGUUCCGUCCACCAUUGCAGUUAAGACGGGGAAUUUAAUUCCUAGAAUUUUGAACUGGCGGACUACGGAAGGAAAACCAGAAUUCAAGAGAUUGAUGGAUGGCAUGUUCAGAGACGAUAAAAAUCCGUCCUGUAGAUUUGAGGAAGUUGUGCCAACACCCCAUGAGUUGGAAACUCUUAAAUUGCCUCCUGUUGCACAUGACAUACCAGACGUCAAACAUGGAGUUGAUGGUGUACAUGGUACUGAUUUGGUAGACGAUGAUUACGAUAAUUUUAGUACCACACCACCGCAUCUGUCCAGUGGCAAACAGCAACAAAGGAGUGCCAAUUCUGAUUCCCCGCGAGGCAAGAAACGGACGCAGUUUCCAGUUUCUGUUCCUCCUUCCAGGAAACAACCAUCACGGAAGGAAUCUGGGAUAAAAGGGACAAGGAAACCAGAUGCACCUACAGCACCCCGAACAGAUGAGUUUAAACUGAUAAGGGAAGAGAUUCGGAUUUUCAAGAAAGAAGUGUUUGACUACAUGGAUAACAACUUCAAAAAGUUGUUAGAUGCAAUAAAGGGCAAUCAAACACCAGAUAAGGUCGGCGACACAAUGUUAAAAGCUGACUUACAUAGUGAUGGUGGGAUUUCUCAAGGCAAUCAAAGUGGCGGUGCAGUAAAGCUUUCAACCAAAGAGAAUCAAGGUGGUGGUGCCACUUCCGCGCAGAGGAGUCAUCCAGUGGUUGAGGGAGUUGGGUUGUCAAUUAAUGAUCCGGUUUCUGUUGUUGAUGUGGAUAAAGAAACCGGAGUUAAAAGUGAUGCACAAACAGAUGGAGUGCCCAUAACACCAAUCCAUUUAAAUUUUGAUGAAUCUCAGGAAAUCGGCGAUAUGGAGAAUGCUAAUGCUGAAUUUACCGCAUCAGAGGAAAUGGUAGCGGACUUGCUAAUCAACUGCCCUUUAGCAUGUGUUAUUCCUCUCGGUCCUCCUCCAGUACCACGCGAUGAUCAAACCGAUUUGUCAAGUUUAAGGACUCCUCAGAAUGUGGACAAUAACCCGGUAACCAUCUCUCAGUGGAUGAUUCCUGAUUCUCAGAUACCAAUCCAACUUGGAGUACAACCAACAACCGGACAAAGUUCAACUAAUGAAACUGAACAGCAAGUUGGAAUCAUUGUCCAUCCAGGUGCUGCCCGAGAAAGGAAACCAAGCAAAUAUAACAUGUCCCCUUAUUGUCCCAAUUUCAGCUCAGCGGGUUCUUCUGCCAAAAAUAUCGGUCCUUGCAUUUAUCAGAAAAAACACCCAUUUGUUGACCACCCUAUAAAUGCCCCGUUAGAUACUUCGUUUCUUCAAGACUAUCAAAAGUGGCUUGAGAAGGAUCUGUUGAAAUCGCAUGACAAAAGGAAGCCAAAUGAAAAUCAUUGCAGAAAGAACAAGGAAGGACUCGAUCCUGCGGAUGCCGAACUUCGGUUGCAUUUAGGCGUUACAGCCGUAGCCGACAAAAACUGGUUCUACUUGUUAUCUAUGGAUGGGCAACUUUGGACUGAUGAGGUUGAUGGAGUAGGUUUAGUUGCUGAAAUUUACAAAUCUUGGGAAAACCCCGAUUCAUCCACAUGUGUCGCCAGUAAGGAAGAUGAACUGUGUGAGUACAUUAACGGGCACAGGCUGUUGGCUAAUGUACCAUGGUAUACUGUUGACAACGUACUAAUUCCUGUCAACAUAAAAGAGGAAAAUCACUGGAUUUUGGUUGUGAUAUCAUUCACUGACAGGUCCAUCUACGUAUACAACUCAUACCGAGCUGCAGGGCAUGAUGCUGUCGUUAGAGUCGGAGUGAAAAUGUUGGCUACUCUAGUGACACAUAGUCUACAAAUGACUGAUUUCUAUGAGAAGAAGGCGGAUAUAGAUUUUGUCACACAUCCUUCUUACAGAAAUAGAGAACAGACCGACAACUUUGACAUUGUGAAUGUAGACAAUCUCCCGCAACAAGCUCCCUCUAGCAUGGAUUGUGGUGUGUAUGUGGCAGCCUUCGCUGAAUACUUGAGCUCAAGUGCAGUCAUCCCAACCGAAUUCGAUGCAAAGUUACUUCGUAUGAGAUAUGGUGCCCUUUUAUGCGACUAUGCAUGGGAUAAGUCAAACAACAAUGCAUCAAGUGAUAACGAGCAGCCUCCAAGACCAAUUAGACCGGCAGUUGAUUACGAUGCAGUUGAUAAAGAGGAUCUUGAUUAGGCCACCAAUUCAUUUGUGUUUUUGAUUUUCAUGUUGAACAAUAGCAUAGUUGGUUGCGACUUUUGUUGCUG